AUGUUUCGCAUCAUCGUGAUUUUAAUCGUGCGCGGCAUCAACAACGUCUGGAAGCGAGGAAAAUAUGCCGAGUUGAACCGCAACUGUCUUUGCUACGGCUUGAUCCUGCUGGCGCUCAUCUACUACAACUGCGUCAUCCGCUCGGCCAUUAAUUCUGCAAGGCGGGUCCUCUCGGAGCCCGUGGCCGAGCUCGAGGACCUCCGGUUUGAGCCAGACACCUCGGUUGUAGAGUAUUUCCUCGACCCGGACGAGCCGACCAAGUCCAGGCUGCCGGACGCCUACAUCAUCGGCGUCCGAAAAUGCGGCACCCUCGCCGUUGCUGACUUUUUGGGGGUCCACCCGGACGUCGUCCUUGUUGAUAAGGAGCUCCAUUAUUUUGAUAAUUUCUUCUCCAAUGGCAUCGACUGGUACAAAAGCAACAUGCCGGCGGCCGCAGACUAUCAGGUGGUGGUCGAAAGAUGCCCUUCUUAUUUUACAAACGCUGCUGUACCUGAGAAAAUCUUCAAGACAAACCCUGACGCAAAAAUCAUCCUGGGCGUCAGAGAUCCGAUCCGAAGAUCGAUAUCAGAAUACGCCCAGAUGGAAAAAGAGGCAAACGGAAAGUUCUUCAAGCCUUACCGCGAAUUCGCCUUCAUCCAAGGCAACAUGGGCCGCCUGAACGAAAACUGGACGGCCCUGCAGGAUGGCCUGUACGCCAAACACCUGCAGCCCUGGCUCAGGUACUUCCCCAGGCGCCAACUCUUCAUUUUCAAGGCGGAGGACCUGGUCGUCGAGCCCGCAAAAGUGCUGAAACGGCUGCAGGUUUUCUUGCAGAUCCGCUUCUACGUGAGCGCGGCGCACUUCAAAGCGAACGGCACCGGCGCCUUUCCGUGCAUCGUCGACCCCACGGACACCGAGCGGGAGUGCCUGAACGGCACCCUGCGGGCCAUCAGCGUGCAGCAUCCGCGUAUCGAGUGGGGCAUCAUUCACAAUCUGAAAAUAUUUUUCCGACAGCCCGUGAACGACUUCCACAACAUCACCGGCAUUAGAUUCGGCUGGAUUUGAGACGGGAAUUUUGUUUACAUUU